AUAAAUGAAGCAAUAGCAAAGUGGUACAGCAUCUCAGCUGUUCCAAGUUCCUCAAAUUAGUUUUACUUUUGCAAAACCAACCCUCUAACUUCCUAUAUUCUGUGAGCUGCUUUGUGAACAACAUGACCGGCAGCCACGUUUGUUGUAAUUUUUUAAAUAUGUGGAAAAAAAGCAAGAUAUCAACCAUGUAUUACCUUAACCAAGAUGCCAAAUUAUCUAACUUGUUUCUCCAGGCAAGCAGCCCAACAACAGGGACAGCUCCCAGGAGCCAGUCAAGGUUGUCUGUCUGUCCAUCCACUCAGGACAUCUGCAGGAUCUGUCACUGUGAAGGGGAUGAAGAAAGCCCCCUCAUCACACCCUGUCGCUGCACGGGCACCCUGCGCUUUGUCCACCAGUCCUGCCUCCACCAGUGGAUCAAGAGCUCAGACACACGCUGCUGCGAGCUCUGCAAGUAUGACUUCAUCAUGGAGACCAAGCUCAAACCCCUCCGGAAGUGGGAGAAACUACAGAUGACCACGAGCGAAAGGAGGAAAAUCUUCUGCUCCGUCACGUUCCACGUAAUCGCGAUCACUUGUGUGGUUUGGUCCUUGUAUGUAUUAAUAGAUCGGACCGCGGAGGAAAUCAAGCAAGGCAAUGACAACGGUGUCCUUGAGUGGCCGUUUUGGACAAAACUGGUUGUGGUGGCCAUUGGCUUCACAGGAGGCCUCGUCUUCAUGUACGUACAGUGUAAAGUCUACGUUCAGUUGUGGCGCAGGCUGAAGGCCUACAACCGUGUGAUCUUUGUGCAGAAUUGCCCAGACACUGCCAAAAAACUGGAGAAGAACUUCUCGUGUAACGUAAACACGGACAUCAAGGAUGCUGUGGUAGUGCCUGUAUUACAGACGGGUACAAAUUCACUGCCAUCUGCAGAGGGCGGCCCCCCUGAGGUCAUACCAGUGUGAUGGAACCAGUUGGGAGGUUCUUCACAGAAGAGUAUCUUUCUAGCCCUCAGUCACUACAAAUGACAGAAGUGAUCCUGAAUUAUUCACUCUCUUUAUCUUCUCCUCUUUCGCCUACUGAUUCGUUUUUCCUUACUUUGCUCAACAAGGAAAAGAGGAAAACAAACACCAAAUGACCAGGAUCCCAUGAAGCAGUCUAAAGUGUGAUAUGGAAAUGUGAAACGUUUGCUAGAGAAUGAUUUCCAAGACAGUUAAGAACCACUGGGGCAAGGAAUGUUUUUAGGCAAUGAUGAAAGACUAAAGGACACGUGCGUCCUCACAGUAGCAGGGGGAAGUUCAAGAACACAGACUUGAA